AUGGUGUCCUGCCCUAUCUGUGUCUCUGCAGUUCUCGUAGAUAACAGCUGCGCCAUCCAUCUGGAUGUGGUGUUAUCUACUCCUCUGUAUGCAAGUGCUCUUUUUACAGAUUCGUGUGGCGUGUUGUCAAAAGCUCCUUCUAUGUCUAGGAAGGCACACACACGACCGUUUCUUUGUUUGUCAGUGCAUCCUGGAUUACAUCAGUCAACUCUACCAGGGCAUAAGUCUUAUGUAUUUCGAUACGCUGAAUACUGCGGUCAUUUGAGAACAAACAGCGGCAACAGAAAUACACAUUUCAACUGCCUACCUAUCACGGAUCAUGAAAAACACCCCGCUGACAGACAGACUGACAGACAGCGGAAACUUAGGGGCAUAGACUUGACGAACCGCCACUGGUGGCUGAUCGGUACGGUCCUGCUGUUAGCUGCAGCUGCGGGAGUCGGCGUCCCUAUAGCCUUAAAGAUUAGCUCAAGUGCCUCCUUUGAAGAACGUCUCGAAUUCGCUACUAGGUUACUUCAAGAAGUGCCUCUAAUAGAUGGACAUAACGAUCUUCCGUGGAAUAUAAGAAAAUUCCUACACAACAAACUGAAAAACUUCAAAUUUAAUGAAGACUUGAGGAACGUGUCACCGUGGUCAACAAGUGCGUGGAGUCACACGGACUUAACGAGGUUAGAACAGGGCCAUGUUGCAGCGCAGGAAACUAUGGUUCCACAACAAAAUGAAAAUGUAGAAGAGAAUGACGAUAAACAAAUGAACACCGACACAUCAACUAAAGAAACUGCAGAUAAACAAAAAAUGAAGCGAAAUCCCAAAAAACAAAACAGGCAAAUACUUCUUGAAGCUACGAAAACUUAUGAAAAUGCCCAAAAAAUAUCAUCUCAUGUAAAAAAAGCAAAAUCAGUAGGCAUCUGGUAA